UGAGAGGGGAUCCAAUAGACUGCCCUGACUACACAGUAUACCGUCUAAAUGCCCAGCACCUGCAACUGUCUUCACACGACCUUCAGUCUUGUCCUGGUAUCUGCACAAAGUAAUACAUUAAGGUAAAAAGAACGGCACACGGCAAUGAGCUCCUCUCUUCCCAAGAGCGAAUCUACGACCUCUCUGUUGAGAUCCUCAGCGGUACCGGUGAGUCGCAGAUCCGCACAUCAUUCCGAGCAUCAUGGGUCGCGCAGCCACCGCAGUAACCAUCAUCAACCCGAAGGAGGUAGCGGUGUACCUGGCGAGCCGUGUUGGAGCGAUGAGUGCGAGGCAAGCGCGCGCAGACCGCUUUGUCAACCGAGGCAUGCCGGUGGCAGGACAGACAGGAAUGGAGGUGAUAAACGGGGACAUUCCCACCACUUACAACAACACAGCAACCACUACGAUGACGGCUACAGACAGGAAGAAAUGAGAGAGCGGAUGGAUCGCAGUGGGAAAGACCGCAGUAAGUCGUCCAGACACCUCCACCCACACCACCACCAUCACAACACCUCCAAAUGUGACCUGCCGCCUGCGCAUCACCACGGGAACGCACGUCCGGACCGGAGGUCCUCGCCAACUCCAUCCUAUACAAAACAAUCCGACGACACUGCGUACUUUUUUGAAUCAAAGGACAGAAUAAUUGCUGGGUCGUCCACGAGUUUAAACUCUGACCCACCGGUAUCGUCCACGCCAGUGCCCCGUCCCCUUACCAGCCGCACCGCCAAAAGACUCAGCACAGCUCCACCUGAACAUGACUCCAAUCUGCAUCCGAUAGUGAAAUCAGUCUUCGGGCAGGACCAGAAGAAGAACUACAGAGCAGUGCAGUCCUGUGAGGAGGCGACUGGGGGGGCCUAUCUUGAGCCACUAGUUGCUAUGGCUCAGAAUGGAGGCAACAUGCACAACGUACUGGGGCCUGCUUGCAUCUUUCUACGCAAGGGCUUCGCUGAGAGCCGGCAGGCUGAUAGAGAGCUGAGGCCGGAGGAGAUGGAUGAGUUGCGCGAGGCUUUUAAAGAGUUUGACAAAGACAAAGAUGGCUUCAUUGGCUGUAAAGACCUAGGCAACUGCAUGAGAACCAUGGGCUACAUGCCUACUGAGAUGGAGCUGAUAGAACUGAGCCAGCAGAUCAACAUGAACUUGGGAGGACAUGUGGACUUUGAGGACUUUGUGGAGUUGAUGGGGCCCAAACUUCUGGCUGAAACAGCAGAUAUGAUCGGGGUCAAGGAGCUAAGGGAUGCUUUCAAAGAGUUUGACACAAAUGGUGAUGGCCAGAUCAGCACAUCUGAACUCAGAGAAGCAAUGAAGAAACUUUUAGGUCAACAGGUUGGUCAUAGAGACCUAGAGGACAUCCUACGGGACAUUGACCUGAAUGGAGACGGCCAUGUCGACUUUGAAGAAUUUGUGCGCAUGAUGUCUCGCUGAGUGUAGGUCAUGAUACCGACUGGUUCCUUUCCUGGUAAGAGAGGAUGAGAAGGAGAAGAAGAAGUGAAGGAGAGGCAGAGAUGGCAGAGCCCUUACCGACAGACCUCUUACCUCAGACUUCUGAACUACAGAAGGAGAAAACGACAUAUCAACCCCGCUCUGCUACUGCCACAUCUGAAGACAUGCACAGAAGCUGAAGGAACAACAUCAGUGAUCAUGAUGAUGCUGUUACUGCUGUCUCUAAGAGCAAAACAGAACAACAGCCAGCCUCCCACAGUUUUACAUUGUACAUUUCAGAUAUUAGAGAAAACAUAUCUAGGUGUUUACAGGGUCUAAAGAGCAAUGUGAUGUUUGAGCUACUUACACUCAUUGCAAUGGUUGGUUAAUGCUGUAGCAAAGUAAAGGAGACACAUUUACAUUUUCAACACUUUCUUACUUAUGCCAACGUCUCCUAUAACUAGUCUAAAGCAGCAUAUUCCCCUCUGGGGCUUUGGACUCCAAAAAUAAACUUUUUAGUGGCAAUAUUAUUAUAUCAGUGUACCAACUCUCAAAAUAUGUAUUGAUUGUGUGUGCGUUCAUGUGUGUUUGUGCACCUCAAUUAUCCUUUCCUGUAAGAUUUCAUAUGUCUUAAGCUACUGUACAGUUAGCGUCAAACCCAUGGCAUAUGCUGGCUCUAUCUUGAAUUAAAUGCCAUGUAUUACCACGGAUGCACUUUUUUAGAUUUUAUCAUUAUCAACACAUAUCGAGUUAUAUUAUACGAGUUUUGAACAUAGAUUGGUACCUGCUUUGACAAAUGGAAGGUCUGUUUCUUGAGAACCGAAUACUCUGGGGAAUGCGGUAGCAAUCAUAAUUAAUUGGUUUCUUCAGGCCAACCCAACACACAGUUUUGCACAUUGUUUUGCAUGAAUACUAAGUAUGCAUGCUCCACUUAUGAUUUAACCAGACACACUGUAACUCCCCAUACAAAUAAACAAUGUGCACCACAAACAAACAUAUACACAGUAUAUUAUUGUGGUGAUCAACAUAACACUGAAACCUGUGUGAGAAUGUGUGUGUGUGUGUAUUUAUGUACUGAUGAGAGUGUUUAUGUAUGAGUGCUUGUGUAUUUUGUUGUGCGAGUCUCCCUUAGGCAGUCUUAUUUGUGACUUUGCAUGUGUCUUCCUUGUGUGAUUCUAUGCAUGCCAAAUAGUAAAACAAUUUGUAGCAUAGUAGAUGAGAAUAAAGAUUUUUGUUGCAAAAA